AAAAUGCAAUGGAGUUGAAUCUUCUAUCAUGGUAAUAGUCAUUGAAUGUUUUCAACUUCCAGUCUAUUGUCAAUUAAUUUUAUUAUAGAAAUAGAUUAAUUGGUUUACCAAAAUUGAAUCGUUUUGGGUCAAGCUUUCAAGAAGCACGGGAAUUUCAUAUUUAUGUUUAAAUGAAUAAAAGGUAAUUAGAGCAAAUUAAGUCUAUAAAAUACCAGCGUGUGAACAUUAAUGUCCUAUAAGAUAGGGAGACUAGAUACGUAAAUUAAUCCAUUCGUGGAGAGUAGAUUUACUUAUGUUUUUUUUGUCAAGUUUCCCAGUACACGUAAACAAUCAUAAAUCCUCCCCAUAGAAUAGGAUCUUUAAAUGCCUUUCUGUUAUAGAGCUUCCUUUAAGCAUGUCAUAAUUCCAACGCAAACUCAUCCUUUCUUCAUAACCGAAAGAUAUAUUAUUUAAUUGAAUUAAUAUCUUAACCAUUUUUGUGUUAUCAAUGAGUUUUAAGAGGAUGGAGAAAUAUUUGAGGGAGAACUUUGAUGUUGAACCAAAGAGACCUUCAGAAGAAGCAUUAAGAAGAUGGAGAUCAGCUGUUUGGCUCGUUAAGAAUCCUCGUCGACGUUUUCGUAUGGUUGCCGAUCUUGCUAAGCGUCAAGAAGCCGCCCGUAAACGCAUCAAACUUCAGGAAAAGAUACGAGUUGCUUUGUAUGUACAAAAAGCUGCUAUACACUUCAUUGAUGCGGGCAGGAAAGAGGAAUACAUAGUGUCAGAAGAAGCCAAACAAGCUGGAUAUAACAUUCAUGCAGACGAGCUAGCAUCCAUUGUUCGCGGUCACAAUUUAAGAGACUUGAACGCUCAUGGUGGAGUAGAAGGAAUCGCGCAAAAGAUUUCUGCAUCCUUUAAAAAUGGAAUUGACUCAAAUGAUACGAAACAAAGAGAAAACAUAUUUGGUGCUAAUCGCUUUGUAGAGAAACCUGCAAGAUCUUUCUGGAACUUUGUUUGGGACGCGUUACAAGAUUUGACCUUAAUCAUCCUAUUGGUAUGUGCUGUUGUUUCUGUAGCAGUAGGUUUAGCAACAGAAGGGUGGCCAAAAGGCAUGUAUGAUGGGUUAGGAAUAAUACUUAGUAUUGUUUUAGUAGUUAUGGUAACUGCUGUAAGUGACUAUAAGCAAUCCUUACAAUUCAAAGACUUGGACAAAGAAAAGAAAAACAUUCAGGUACAUGUUACAAGAAAUGGACAAAGGCAACAGAUUUCAAUCUAUGAUUUAGUAGUUGGAGAUAUUGUUGUGUUGUCGGUAGGGGAUCAAGUUCCUGCAGACGGACUUUUUGUCUCUGGUUAUAACUUAUCUAUUGAUGAAUCGAGUUUGUCAGGUGAGAGUGAACCAGUUCAUGUUCGCAAAGAGAAACCUUUUCUUCUCUCAGGAACUAAAGUACAAGAUGGAUCAGCUAAAAUGCUAGUUACUUCUGUUGGUAUGAGGACUGAGUGGGGAUCUUUGAUGGCAACACUUGAGGGAGAUACAGAAGAGACACCACUGCAAGUUAAGCUGAAUGGUGUAGCAACUAUCAUCGGUAAAAUCGGUUUAGGGUUUGCAGUUGUUACAUUUUUGGUUUUGGUAGGUCGGUUUAUGGUGGAGAAGAUGAUUCAACAUGAGAUGAGUAAUUGGUCUUCAAUUGAUGCUAUGAAGCUGUUAAACUACUUUGCUACUGCUGUUACCAUAGUUGUUGUUGCAGUUCCUGAGGGACUACCAUUAGCUGUGACUCUGAGUCUUGCAUUUGCUAUGAAGAAACUGAUGAAUGAUAAGGCGCUUGUUAGACAUCUCUCAGCCUGUGAAACAAUGGGAUCUGCAAGCUGUAUUUGUACCGACAAAACAGGGACUUUAACGACUAACCAUAUGGUGGUUACUAAGUUAUGGGUGCAAGAUCAAGUUAAGCAUAUCUCCAACACAAGUAGUCAUUUAGAUGCUGUGAAAUCAUCUAUAUGUAAUAGCGUUUUGGAUACACUUCUACAAGCUAUAUUUCUCAACACUGGCUCUGAAGUAGUUAAAGGAGAAGAUGGGGGAACACCAAAGAUAUUAGGCACUCCAACUGAAAGAGCAAUCUUAGAGUUUGGGUUGCUUCUAGGAGGCGAUUUUGAUACUUUCCAAGAGGAAUCGAAGAUACUUAAAAUUGAGCCAUUUAAUUCAGUGAGGAAGAAGAUGUCGAUUCUUGCUGCUCUUCCUUCAGGUGGUGUGCGAGCCUUCAGCAAAGGUGCAUCAGAAAUAAUAUUGGAAAUGUGUGACAAGGUUUUAGAUCCUAAUGGGAUACCAGUAGCAUUAUCUGAAGAAUCGAGACAAAAUAUAACUGAGGUUAUAAACAAAUUUGCAUCGGAAGCAUUAAGAACCCUAUGCAUUGCUUACAAAGAUAUGGGAGACAAAUGUAGUGAAGAUAGCAGCAUUCCUGAAGAUAAUCUUACAUUGAUUGGAGUUGUUGGGAUAAAGGAUCCAGUUCGUCCAGGAGUUAAGGAAGCUGUUGAAACUUGUUUAGCUGCUGGGAUUACUGUUAGGAUGGUUACUGGGGAUAAUAUUAACACUGCUAAAGCCAUCGCAAGAGAAUGUGGAAUCUUAACUAGUGAUGGAAUAGCUAUUGAAGGCCCAGAUUUUCGCAAUAUGAGCCCCAAGGAGAUGCAAGAUAUUAUCCCAAAUUUACAGGUGAUGGCUCGUUCAAUGCCAUUGGACAAGCAUACACUAGUGACCCAAUUGAGGCAUAACAGAGAAGUCGUGGCAGUAACCGGGGAUGGGACUAAUGAUGCUCCAGCGUUGCAUGAAGCAGACAUUGGACUUGCCAUGGGAAUUGCAGGAACUGAGGUUGCCAAAGAAAAUGCUGACAUUGUCAUCAUGGAUGACAAUUUCGCAACCAUAGUAAAGGUUACUCGCUGGGGUCGUUCUGUUUAUGUAAAUAUACAGAAGUUUGUACAGUUUCAGUUAACUGUUAACAUAGUUGCUCUGGUUACCAAUUUUGCUUCUGCUUGCAUCACAGGGUCUGCUCCUCUUACAGCAGUUCAGUUGCUCUGGGUAAACAUGAUUAUGGACACCCUAGGAGCUUUGGCAUUAGCCACUGAGCCACCAAAUGAUGAACUAAUGAAGCGGCCACCUGUUGGGAGAGACGCCUAUUUCAUAACCAACAUCAUGUGGAGAAACAUUAUUGGUCACAGCAUUUACCAGUUGGCUGCCCUUGGAGUUCUCCAGUUCAAUGGAAAACAGCUCCUAAAUCUCAUUGGACCAAAUGCCACUAAAACUCUUAACACCUUCAUAUUCAACACCUUUGUGUUCUGUCAGGUAUUCAACGAAAUCAACAGCAGGGACAUGGAAAAGAUAAAUGUGUUGAGGGGAAUAUUUAAGAACUGGGUUUUCAUGGCCAUCAUAUCCUCAACAGUGAUGUUUCAGGUAAUAAUCGUAGAAUUCCUAGGCACGUUUGCCGACACGGUGCCGUUAAACUGGAAGUUGUGGUUGCUGAGUGUAGGAAUUGGAGCAAUAAGCUUAGUAGUAGCAGUUUUGUUGAAAUUUAUCCCAGUUGACAGCCUUAGGUAUCCUACUACUAAGCACCAUGAUGGUUAUGAAGCACUGCCUAGUGGUCCAGAACAGGUCUAAACUUGGACUAACACUAGUUCUUAAGUUAAAAGCUUUUUCAUAUCAAGAAACCAUUAUUAGGAAGCAUAACACAAGGCUCUUCUUCACCCUACAACAGGUUGUACCAUAUAAGAUACAACCCAACGCUAUUUUUUUCCAAUUGCUAAUUGCUUAUUUGAUUGGAGAGCUUCCAAAUGAGCAAAUAUAAAGCCUUGGUUUUACCUCGCACAAGAUACAAAUACCGUACAAUCGGUUGAACAUAGAAAAUUUCCGGCAUAACACUAGUCAUUUUUGAAAUGCAACAUUAUUUUAUUUUUCUCUAUUUUUAUGUAGUUGAAAAUUGCAUCUUUGUAGAUUACCUUGCAAUAACAAAUGUAGUUUAUUUCACAUAAAAGUUUGUUAAUUUGUGGUGUUAAGUUACAAGGCAUGAUAUAUGAAAUACAGAGGAUCUUCAUCGUAUACACAA